GACCUUGACGGAUUCCGUAGUUGUCGUGACGGCGUGUGUAUAUGCGUGCAUCAGUGAAGCGAUAAUAUAGUUAUUGAAGGCAGCGCGUUUAAAUAUAUAAGAUAUCCGUAUUCUUUGAUAAAUAAUAUUUAUUUUAAUUAAAAUGGUAACUCUUUAUUACAUAGCUUAGCUCGCUACUCGCUAACCUGCUAGCUGAACAUGUUGACCUUAGAAUAAGGUUAACGUGUGUCACGAUGUUGGGCGCAUUGGCAAGAGUGAACGGCCCCCGUUGGUGUUUUUCGGAAACACUUUUAAGAUUUAUAUUAGGAAAAGAGAUAGGAAAAGACAACCCGAGCCUGUUCAGUCAUAGCGGCUCUAACGUUUCAGCCGCCUGGAGACGGACGGGCGUCAGAGACGUCUGCAGCUCCUGCGCGCUGCGCACCAAACUCCGAGGAAACCCGAAGAAAGGCGAGCUGUCAGAGAAGAAGCUGACCCGUCACUUUGUGGACCAUCGCCGCGUGAAGCUAGUGGCCGGCUCCGGUGGGAAGGGCGCCUGCAGCUUCCACAGUGAGCCCAGGAAGGAGUUUGGUGGACCGAAUGGAGGGAAUGGAGGUGAUGGAGGAAGCAUCAUCAUCAAAGCCAACAAGUUUGUCAAAUCCUUGGCACAAAUCUGUCCGGUUUACAAAGCAGAGAAUGGGCACUCAGGGAGUAGUAAGAACUGCUAUGGCAGAAACGGAAGUUCAACCUAUAUUUGUGUGCCGUUGGGAACGGUGGUGAAAGAACAGGGCAAGUCUAUAGUGGAUCUUUCUGAGCAUGGGCAAGAGUAUCUAGCUGUGUUCGGAGGGGCCGGAGGAAAAGGGAAUCGGUUCUUUUUGUCCAAUGAGAAUCGCGCCCCAAUGACCACAACCCCUGGAGCGAUGGGCCAGGAAAGGACGCUUCAGCUAGAGUUGCGCACCAUGGCUCAUGCUGGACUGGUGGGGUUUCCUAAUUCUGGGAAAUCCUCCCUGCUGAGAGCCAUCUCUAACGCCAGGCCCGCUGUCGCUGCUUAUCCUUUCACAACACUUAAUCCACACGUUGGGAUUGUCGAGUAUAGGGAUCAUGAGCAAGUUGCAGUCGCUGACAUCCCUGGCAUCAUCCGCGGAGCACAUCUCAAUCGAGGUCUCGGCAUCUCUUUUCUACGCCACAUAGAGCGAUGCCGUUUUCUUCUCUUUGUUUUGGAUCUGUCGACUCCAGAGCCUUGGACGCAGCUCAAACACUUGUGCUACGAACUGGACCAGUAUGAGCCCAGUCUGUCCCGGCGUCCUCAGGCCAUCAUAGCCAACAAAAUGGACCUACCUGAAGCCCGGGAGAAGCUCGAGACUCUAAGGGCCCGCGUCAGUGAGAGGGUCAUCCCCGUGUCGGCUCUCACAGGACAGAACACAGAGGAGCUCAUUCUCCAUAUUAGAGAGCUGUAUGAUGGCUACCUCCAAGGAGAGGGCAGUGGGGAGGGAAAAAUCUCUCGGUGGGAGUAAAACAUAAAGUUUUAUUUUUUACUUAAAUUCUUACAAUGCUUUUUCUAUCAUAUAUAUAAAAUGAAAAUAAUUAAAUUUCCUACUAAAUACAUACACAAGAUAAUUUCACUUUAUUAUAUUAAUAUUUUGGCACUUCAGAAUACAGAGAUUAUUGCAAAUUAGCAUCAGGGUUUAUGUUUUAGCAAGUUGUUUCCUUGCAAUGUGUUUGAAAAGAGUUGAUUCACUGCAUGGCAGCCUCAAAUAACUUCUGUUAGGGUACACUGGUUGUUGAGAAAAGCUGUUGUUUGAUAAAAACAACGAAGAGCACCAGCAUCAGUUUAAGGCAAUCUGAAAUUGUGCUAUGUGGGUCAAAAGGUAUGGGUGACUCGGAUUUAGAGGCUGUUGUUGCUUUUUUUGGAUGUAUCAAUUAGACACGAGGGUUCUCAGGAAGCUUUAACCUGCAAACGCUGCUGAGAACUGUCACGGUCUCAUGCAGAGCUUAGACGGAGUCUUAACAUAUUGUUAUUCUUCACUUUGCGACAGCAUUGACUGUGAUCUUGGUUAUUUACAUUUCUGCAUCUGUGACUACCCGCACCCCACUGCUGGCACAGCCUCAGAUCAAACCUGUUAAAGCAACCAUUUCCAGUAAUCGCUUUCUGUUUGCCUUUAUCUGUAACUUAAAUCACUGCAGGAACUUAGGCCCAUUCCAAUUUCAACAUGGCUUCAAGGAUUUUGGGCCAUUUGCCAUUGCACAACCUUAAGGUCCCACAACACAAAAUUUAACACAUUAAAAUGACAUGGUUAUAAAUGUAGCGUUGAAAUGUGUCAUACCAAAUAUACUUUUUAAUAUGAACACAAGGUUUCAGUAUUAUACAUUGAAGGAAACUUGAGUGUGAUAUGUUUAAGUAAUGCACUGCAAGUGAUUUCUGACACCAGGGUCCUAGAUAUAAACCUGCAAAAUCUGCUCUGAGCCCAUUUCUACUUCAAUAUUCUAUGUUAACAUUAGCAUUUUCCUUUAUUGUACUGACAAGUCAUGCUUUUAUUCAUUUUUGACCAGCAUCAAACCUGUUAGACAAGCUGGCAGUGUUUACCUGGAAUCAACGCAGUGGCUCGUUUAGCU